CGUGAGACUCUCGUCAUCUAGUAUCGCGAGAUUUAACCAGCUGUUUGGUCUAUGUUUUCAGACUGGUGCUGGUCGAGCAGCACGUGGGAAGGAGAGCUGGACUCGGACCGUAGUAACUGUGGCUGUCGGAGUGCUGAGGAAAUGCCUCUGAGGUUGCGCUCUGUGGUUCCCUACACGCUGCCUGGAGUCCUGGUUCUGAUCGGCUGGUGGUGGUUCACUUCUCGGAAGAAAGAGCGGCUCGUCAGCCAGGGCGCACCAGAGGCCCCUCCUACCCCCGUGAGCCUUAAAACAUCUCAGGCUGAAGGCAGCAAUGGUUUGGUUGAAAAAGGCACUGUGCACUUCCCACCAGAAGUGGACUGCCCCUCCCUCAGACCUGCAGAGGUCAAUGACUUGAGCUUGCAGUACGAGGGGGGUUCCCAAUUCUCUAAAACGGCACCUUCACUGGACCUAAGUUUGGAAGAUGCCAUCCCACCCCUCUGCAGAGCGAGCCUUGUGGAGUUUGAGCCGUCAGACUCAACUUUGCCUUCACAUGAAGAUCAAGAGUUCUUAGCAGGAGUGUUGAAGGAGCACACAGAGCCUGAGGCGGUCUCCUCACUGGAGAGACGGCUGGAUGAAGACUCGGUACCCUCCGGGGGGGCCGACCUGCCCCCCCAGGCUUCCAAAAUCAGCGGCUUGUGCACAGCGGCGCCCCUGUCGGACGCGGAGCGGCCAGAGCCAGAAGGCGAAGUUGCGAAGCAUCAGGGUUUUGUUCAUUUGCAGCACGAGCUCCUCUGCCCGCACACCCCCUCCACAAGCUCCGUCCCGUCAGAAUCUGACACUCUGGAGACGCCCCCAUCUGUGGAGAAUUUUCACCAACACAUUCUGACCAGCACGCCCACAGGCCCUGCUCCUUCAGCAGACAACGCCCUCCAGGGAGGCACGGAGGAGGAGCAGCUGGAGCUCCUGGCCGCUGGACUCAUAACUGGGGUCAUCUCUGCAGCCUCUCAGGAAGUCCUUGGUGUCUCCAGCUGCAGGGUGACGGACAGCAGCAGGCCUGGCGAGGAGCCACCCCCACAGGAGGAGGCUGGGGCGUCGCUUCACUCUCAGCUUCUCAUGAGUUCCUCGCCAGGAGGCUGCAGAGAUGUAGCGGAGGAGAAGCUGCUCAAUGGUUGCUCUGCGACACCAGGAUGGGGUACCCCUGAGGCCAGUGUUCCCCCGACAGAUGAUGUCCAGGUUCUCUGCUGGUCCUCACCCCCCCACAAAGCCCCUCCAACUCUAAAAGCCAAAGAGAAAGGUGGAGAGAGAGUGACGCUGACCGAGGACUCCGCCUGCAGCACUUGCCACUCUGAGGACGGCGUCAGCAGCGAGGAGCUGCAGAGCAGCGCCUUUGACAGGCCAGCCGAGGCUGUCCAGGUGAGUCACUUGUCUGAGGGAGGCGGUUUGCCCCAGCCCAACGCCAGCACGGAGGAGAGCUCCAUCAAGAGGCUGAAUGGGAUCAGCCUGGGGACACACGGCACCUGUGACGCUGACACAGACCAGUCUGGAGGUUCUGAUGUGAACAGCAUGGACUCUGUGGACAGUGGCUUCACCAUGGGGGCUGGAGAGGGUCAGGCGAGCAGUGCCAUCUCCUCUGGCUCCGGACUUGUCAUCUGGGAGAUCGAGGUGCCAAAUCGCUUUGUGGGGCGUCUGAUCGGAAAGCAGGGGAGAUACGUGAGCUACUUGAAGCAGAGCUCUGGUGCAAAGAUCUACAUCUCCACCCUGCCUUACACACAGGAGUUCCAGAUCUGUCACAUUGAGGGUGAGCAGCAGCAGGUCGACAAAGCCCUCUCGCUUAUUGGUAAGAAAUUCAAAGACCUGGACCUGACCAACUUGUACGCACCGCCUCCGCCGCCACUCACGCUGCCUUCACUUCCCAUGACCUCCUGGCUGCUCCUGCCCAGCGGGGUGACGGUGGAGGUAAUUGUGGUGAACAUCGUGUCAGCGGGCCACAUCUUUGUCCAGCAGCACACCCACCCCACCUACCACGCCCUGAGAAGCCUGGACCAGCAAAUGUUCCUGUGCUACUCACAGCCAGGCACGCCAGCGCUGCCGUCUCCUGCUGAGGUUGGUGUCAUCUGUGCAGCUCCUGCAGGGGAAGGAGCCUGGUGGAGAGCUCAGGUCAUCACCUUCUACAAGGAGAGCAACGAGGUGGAGAUCAGAUAUGUGGACUACGGAGGCUACGACCGAGUCAAGAUCGACGCACUGCGGCAAAUAAGGUCCGACUUUGUGACGUUACCGUUUCAAGGUGCAGAGGUGCUGCUGGACAACAUUGCCCCUCUGCCAGGGGAGGAUCGUUUUUCAUCAGAGGCCACAACAGCCUUUGAGGAGAUAACCAGAGGUGUGGCUCUGCUGGCACAGGUAUCAAACUAUGACAACAACACGGGGCUGCCGCUGGUCCACCUGUGGAACAUGCUUGGAGAAGAGGUGGUCUCGGUGAACCGGACGCUGGCGGAGCGCGGCCUGGCUGUUUGGGUGGAUGGAUUCUGAAGCUGUGGUGUGUUUGAGCUCCACACACUCCUCCCGCUGCUUCCAGUGGUCAUCAGUGGGGGCUCAGGCUGUCCCGAGGACCCCGACCCCACUUCCACACACCACUGGGUCUAAGAGGAUUGUCUUUUUGUUUGUCCCUCCUUUGUUUUCUCCCCCUUCCCCUCCUUAUUCUUUUGAAAAGAAAUUAAACUUUGUUUUUGGGCAGAACCUGUCUUGGCCGCUCUCCCUUGUUGUCCACAAACACUAAGAAAAAGGGAAGAGGUCAGUGUCAUUUAAAAAUAUAUAUAUAUAUUGUAACAUAAUAAAGGAUCAUCAAAUAUUUUUUUAGCCCCCCAUUCUGCACUCAUGUUUGCUCUGGGUCUUUGCACACUGUGACCCCCACCCCCUUACACUGCAUGAACACACAUGAACGGCUGUGAUGGUGAGCCGGCUCGGUUCUGAACUAAGACCUGGCUGUGUACGUGUAAGUUCUGCUGCCCUUCACGGGUCUGAUGCACAGCUUCAGUCACAGACAGACCUGGGGGGUGGGGGGUCGGUUCUUGAUCAGGAUGGAUCUGGAUCAGAUUGAUUUGGGCUGUGAUGUCCCAUUUGGACCCCUCAGUGAGCAGGCCAAUCAGAACCUCAACAAACUACUGUUGUGACUUCAGAACCAGGAGAGUGUAGAAGAAAAGAAGCUUUCAGUAAACGUGUCUGUCAGAGAGGAGCAGGGUGGUACCGAUGGAGAGGCUCAUGUCUUUUAGGUACCAGGAAAUCAAUUACAAAAUAUAACACACAAAGUGUGUGUUUAUGGAUGAAGUGUCAUUUAUUUUGACUGUAGAAAGACAAAAACUGAAAGGUUCAUUAAUGAAAAAUAUCCCAGAGUCCUUUGUUGCAGCCCGUCCAUCCUUUCCCAGCUUUGACUUUGGUUUGCACACUUCAGUGUUAAUCUCUAUUGCUUCAGGUCAGGGUCAGCUGUGUCCCUUAGUUCUCCCUGAAAUGUUAGUUUCUGUGGACAUCAGUUAAGACACUAAGAAAAUCUGCACUGUGGACAACAAGACUGCGUCGUCUGCAAACAUGAAGAUCACUCAUGUUUCUGUCUUUGGAGUAAACUCAAGUUUCUGAAAUACUUUCAUCCAGAUUAUCUGUGAUCUGGGACUUCUGACAUCAGUAUCAUAAGACUCUCUUCAUUCCUCACAAUAAACACGUUUGUAAUUGCAGAUUUAAGGUGUGUGUCCUUUAUCAACCACAAAAACAUUUUCUUGUUUCUUACCAUCUUUGCGUAUCAUGUCUCUUCCUUCCACUCAACAGUGGCAUGUUUUCUUGCUAACCAGCGGAUUCAAUGGUCCUUUGCGCUGCUGUUUCAUCCUCAGCUGAAGGCUCUCCUAUUUGCUGUCAGAUCUUCAGGUCAGGACAUGGGUCAGUCAGUCCUAAGAGAUGGGCGAACGCCGUUCGGAUUAUUUUUAAACAUUAAAGGAAAACUGUUUUGAUAAAAUAAUCAUGUUUUGGAGUUGAAUAAUUGUCUGGGGGGGAUAACUUGAGUGACAAAGGACUUGUCUCUCAUAGAGAAACCAAAGUCUAAAAGCUCAUGUGAGCAUUUUUGUUCCCACCACGUGUCAGAAUCAUCUGGUCGGGGGAGGGGCAUACGUGGACCCAAAUUUUUAAAAAGAAGGGAACAUUGGAGGUCUGCUCUUCAUAUUGACCAUAGCUGGGCUCAAUUUCAUCCCUACUGUCUCUCCUUCUCUGGCCCCCACCCCUGAAACCCUGAUCUGACAGCCACGCCCAUCCUGUGAUACCCCCUCCCCUUCUCUGUAAAUAAACGACUGACUGAACUUUUAUAUGACAAAGCGCUCUAAAGGGAAUUGAGUUUUGCUUUGGCUUGUGCCCCCCUCCCUCCUUGUCUGUCAUCCAGCUGAUGCUGUCAGGUCUUGUGUGGCCCCACAACUUCUGCCUGGUUAUUUAAGUGGCUGCAAAGCCAGUGUGCCCCAAGGCAUCUACUAUGUACAGUUGAGAUUUUGUUAGUCCUCGGCUGGUUUGUGGAUUGUACAGAUCUAUUAGGAAAGAAUAAAAGCUAUUCAAAGUGUUCAAAGA